UUACCUUUGGACGACAUGGCCGUCUUUAUGAUAAACAUCUGUAAAUUUAAUGGCUGUGGCAUAACAUUUCCUAGACUAUCGGAUUUGAUUGAACACAUCGAGGAUGUUCAUAUAGAUUACGAUCCCGCCGUUGUAGAACAAAAAGAAGCUUCUCAGCCGGCAUGUAUUCCGCUAAGUUAUGUUUUAAAGUUUUUCACGGAAGCAUCAAGGCGCGAACUUCAAAGUGCCCCAGUGGCCGAUGUUCGACGGCGUCUUUUAUCGGCACCUAAGACACCUUCAGUGCGAAGCAAUACUCCUACAGGUAGCGAGAUGGAUGAAGACGAACUGAUGAGUCCAUCGGAGGACAGCAAUGACUCUUGGACCACCGUUGAGGAGUACAGUUCAGAGUUUAUACUACGGUAUGGCGUCAAGAUGAACGCCAGUGCCUCCACGGGCGCCCUAGGCCCGGCCGCUCAAGAGAAGCCGUUCGCCUGCCCAGUCCCGGGUUGCAAGAAGAGAUACAAGAAUGUCAACGGCAUUAAAUACCAUUCUAAGAACGGGCACAAGAAAGAUGGCAAGGUAAAAAAGGCAUACAAAUGCCAAUGCGGCAAAAGUUACAAAACGGCACAAGGGCUUAAGAGCCACUCCAUAUCUCAGCACAUUGCCAGCAGCCAGCCAUCCACCUCGAGUGUACCCGCGCCUUCGACAGAGUCAGUGCGGGUCCACGCUCCGAAGAUGACGGGGCUCGUGGUGACCGCCUCGCCUGCCACUCGGCCGCUCAACGUCAUCGAAGGCCUCGACGGUAACAAGUUAGUCCGCAUAUACGACACUAUUAAAACAAAGGAGAUGCCCUCGUUCACCAUACCGAAGCACAACCUCACUAGUCUGAACAUAAUCAGCGCGAGUCAGGCGCAGUUGCGCCACGGGCUGCUGACGCCGAGCUCCACGCCGGAGUGCAGCCCCGUGGACAAGAAGUUCGAGCGCUCGCCCAAGGUCACCGUGCAGAACGCGCAGUCCUACCACCUCGCGCCGCCCUACUCCGGCGGAACCAACUGAUCGCCACUGAGAGGACUAGAAUGCGACGUAACGAAUUUAAAAGUCAUUAGUUAUUAGUCACGAACGUACAGUUCCUAUUGUAAAAAAAUACAAAAAAAAAACAUUAUCAUUUGAUGUCAUGUCGAAGGCGUAGAACUGAUUUCGUACGCUUCAGGCUUGCGUUUUGUUGCACAAAUCAUUCCCUCCGCACGUUCACCUAAUGUGGUUAUUUCUCACAGUUUUAGUAAAAGUUAAUUUAUUUGUUAUUUGAGUUUGAGAUUUUGUUAAUUAGUAUUUAUUUCUAAUUUAAUGGAAUGCUUUGUUUUCACUUUUUUAUACGCAGUGGGGGGAUAUUAAAUUAUUAUUUAUUAUUUUAUUUAAGUACAUAAAGGAUGUGGGUGUGAAUCUUAAAAAGGAAGUGUACUUAAUUAUUUAUAUUGUGCAUGUUUCGAUAAAAAAAUAUUCUGUCCCCGCUGUAAAAUUAUUUGUUUUAAAGGCUGUGUCCACCGCAGAUUAAUCGAUUUAUUUAUAAUUAUUGUAGAAAAAAAAACCGAAUAUUAUUAUGCUUUUAAUUUUUCACUAAGAAAAUAUUGUGGUCUUCCUAUUGCGUCUCCAUAUUACAUACCAUUCACAUGAGACCAAUAUUGUCAUCUCAAUAAACAAUGGGACUGAACAAAGUUUUGAGAAGAUAGUCAAUUUCUCAUAUACAGGUUCCUGUAAUAUUUUUUUUUAAUUUUUGCGUCGCAAAACUGUUCGCGUGGAUAUUUGAUGUCUGUGGGUAGUGUUAUUCGAUGGGAGAAGCCUCGACAUUUUACAUUCGUUUAAUUCACAAUCAAAUGAAACGGUUUCAAUAUUGGCCUUGCGUAAAUGCUUCAUUGGAUAUAUGUUCCCGUAGCGUCGUCAGUGAAUCUGUGUCGUAUUCGUAGUGUUUCCCUUCGUGCCAUCUUCCCUAAUGUUUGCGUACUUAAUGUAUGUUUCACGUAAAUUGCUUUACUUUAAAUUAUUUAUAACUAUUUAACUUCUCAGAAUGUUAGAUUUUUAUAAUUAAGUGGAAAAUAAAAAAAAAUGCAUUCUGUCAUUUCAAGCUAGAAUAUAAACAUACUCGAUAAAUGUGAUAUAAUAUAAUAUAGAAAAAAAAAACAAAAAAAAAUGCUUAUAAGCGUACACGUAUCUAGUUUUUAGGUUAAUGUUUGGAGAUGUUUGUCGUUAUACGUGUGUAUGUUUUGGUGCCUUCGUUUUGAUUUUAUACUGUGAUUCUCUGUUACGAAAGCGUUUCAUAUCGAACAGAUAUUAUGGUAUACUCUCAUUCGUCACUAAUAAAAAAUUAUGACUUAUUAAUAAGCUUAACCUCCUACGAAAUACACAAUAUAUAUUCCGUAUUUCGUAGGAAAAUCAUAUUAUUUGAAAUCUAUAUAAUUUGCUUUGGUUUUUGUGGUUUUCGAAGAACCGCGUUACUAAUAGAAUUAAAUUUAAAAUAAGAAAACGAAUUAAUAGUUUUUGCUUAUUAAAUUGACAAUAAGGUUUUACAUGAUUAUAUUACUACGCUCUUUUUAUUAUGUUUUUUUUAACCAGAGCAUUAUUAUUUGAGUUCUGAAGCUAGUUAAAAUUCAACGACAAUUAAUUUAACGAAUGAAUUGAAAUUGAACGUUUGACAUAAAAUUGGUGAGGUGCUAAAUGAAAUGGUGUAGCAUUGGAUGCGAAUGGAAUAAAUAUAGUUUGGGAGUUAAAAUGUUAAGGAAUGUGAAUAAUGGAUCCGUAGCGGUCAUGAUAUGAGUGUGUGGGUGUAUGUAUUGAGACUAUUGUAUAGUAUUACUUAUGUACAUGUGCCUUUAUUGCCUAUGGUGAGGUAGAACGUUACUAUAACGUUUUUGAAUGAAUACAAUGAUUCUUAGAAUUUGAAGGAAGACAGAUAAUUUAGUUGUGGAACGCGUUAUUACUGCCUAGUUAUAAAUUGGCAGCAAUUGUGUUGUAAAUUCUAUAAGUUUGUUUAGCGUUAAAUAUGCUUUACGGAUAAAAAAAAUUAUAGGUUUACGAUGGAGUAAUAAUAUCUUAUGUCUGUAUAAUAUAAAAUUUUAUACUUAAUUUUUAUUUUAAAAAUAUAUUAUUUUGUGUUUUAAAGUCGAAAUUUAUGCCAGUAAUACUGUUUUUUUAUUUGAUCAUUGAGCUAUGAAAGAUAAUUUCACUAGUUUAGGAAGCACGGUGUUGCUGAAUAAAAUGCACACUAGUAGCGAAAGUUAAAAGCGAUAACACCUAACCAUGGAGGCUGGCCUCCAUAACCCUGGGGCUAUACUUUAAAAAAACCUUAUUUUUUAGAGAAUUACACUCACACACUUAUAUAAUAAGAUGUACACAAUCACCCUCGAAAAAAACAAAACAAAAAAAUGUAUUUAUGUACAUUACUAUUGUGAAGUAAACUGCGUAGUGCCAAUAAAUGAUAACAAUUUUGUGGGUGAGUGUACGUGUCUUAGACUAUUUGGCGAUGGUGCUUAACGGGUAAAAAGUGUGAUAUUUGGAUUAAAAAGUAUGUAUAGUAUGAUUACCAAAGACAGUUGAUGUUCUAAACGCUAAAAUUACUGUUCAAAAACAAUUGAAAUUAUUUGUUACACUCGAAAAAAUGUCUUCUAAUUGCAAUUUUUAUUUGUAUUUACGAGUAAACGAUGUCUUUGCGACUUUAAAUGUAAAGUUUUGUAAAAAGACGAAUUGUGGGGUUCGAUUCUCUACUUUUAUGCAGUCGAACGCAUAUGUGUGGAUUAGCAAUCUUCUGCAUACUAUAAUGGAAAAUCCGAAUAAUGAUAUAUUAUUUGAUUGUGCAUGACAAUAAUAUUUACAAUCUAACUGAAGAAUUAUGUUCGAAAUUUGAAUUUUAAAUAAUUUCCAAUAGCAAAGAUUGCACAUCCCAAAUGUAAACUGCGUUCGACUGUACCUAGUCGACACAUCUCAUUUUGAUAUAUUGAAUUAAUUUAACUUUUGUACUAUAAAAUAUGUAUUACCAAAGUUCGUAGCGACAAAUGAUAUGUGUCAUAUAAUUCGCAUGUAUUAUGUAUGUGUUUUAAUUUAUUUAACGAAUGUGAAUUUUGUUUUUCAUACGUGGAAAAUGUUUUCUUGUGGGACUGCUCAUAGUAAUGUAUAAUUUUCGUGUAGUUUCAUAUUGAACAUUUUUAAUAAUUGUUUGAUUUAAGACUGAUAGUUGGAAUAUUGAUGUUCGUGUAUUUAUUUAUUAUUCGAAUAGGUACCUACCAAAAGACAGGAAGCUGCCUUGAUAAUACUAGCUUGUUCGAUGUAGCGCCUCGAAUUAAAGCCACUUGUGUAACGGCACGACGGUGCGUGUUUAUUUUUGAAAUAAUGCCUAUGUUAGGUACGUUUAGAGAUGUGAAUAAUUUUUUCAAAGAUCAUUUAAUAUUUAAAUGCAUAUUCUUACGCAGUAGGGGAGUUAGUACUAAUGAUUCAAAGCAAUCAAUAACAAAAUAUUUAAGUUUCUGAAUUUUAUUUGUUUAUGGAAAUAAAAUGCGCGCCACAAACAGACCAUAAGCUUUAAUUAUUUAAAUUUCGUUUGCAGAAAUUAUAGAAAAAAAACUUUAAAUAGAAAAAAAAUGUGCUUUGAAGCCUUUUUCCUCGAAUCCUCACUUUUUUUUUAUUUUAAGAAAUUAGGAAGGAAUCUGAAAUAUUCUGUUUGUGGCGCGAAAUACAUUUAUGAAAAUACAUUUAUUAAUGUUAUUGGCCAAGGGUAAAAUAUUCUCAGAACUGUUGGUGACCGUCAAUUAAUACGACCAAUUUUGAAAGUUGUUGAUAGAGAUCGGUAGGUUUGGAUGAUUAUUAAAGAAAAAUGAUAUUUGUCAAACUUAUGUAAAUGAGGGCCGAGGUGCUCCCAUACAUAUUGUGGAAUUUUCUACAAUCUAUACAUGUUAAUAUAAUUAUAUGUUUUUCUCUAUACUCUAUCAAAAAUACUCCAUGGGAGCUCCUGUAGGCGCAUAUUCCAGUAUCGAUUAAUUUCAUUAUAUUCCGUUGAACAUUACAAAUUCUAUUUAGUGUCGAUAAUUGUCCGAAAACGGUUGUGAGUAAUAUAAAAAUAGAUUCCGUUACAAAAACUGGACUUAGAUAAAUCUGAAUACAUGUACAUAGCAGAGAAAUAAUUUUUGGUAAUGAAAUUGAAAAUACGGCAGGUCUUGUUUCAAUGAAUGUUCGAUGUAUAAUGUCGAUACGUGUAUCUUACUGUUUCUGUCUUGUCUGUUUAUCCCGGCAGUGGUUUUUGAGCAACCAAAUGUGCAACCCGCGCGAUGAUUGUUUGAUUCAUUUACCAUCAGUAUAAUAAAUGGCAACCGUAA